AUGAAUAAUUACAGGAGGCUCUUUAACACACUGACUGUCGCCAACGGCUACAAUAUCCUAACAAACUUAAAUUAUACUGUGUACAAGGUUUGCACUCCGAGGGCCCUCAAGCCAACUCAGCGACGUUCUUUUUUUGUUGGCUGUAAAAUCAAACAAAUUCUCCCGCGACCAACAGAUGCCGUCGACCGCUUGUCAGCUAUUUCCGCCGCCCGUCGCAAUAAAUAUACGCCAAUUUCCUUCUUUGAAUAUUUCCGCUUCUCUUUCACUCUUUCUCUGAUUUUCUUUCUCUCUUUCCGUUUCUCUCUUUCCGUUUCUCUUUUUCUAUAUACUCUUUUCUCUUUCACAUUCUCUCUAUUUCUGUUUCUCAUUCACUGUUUCUCUCUCUUUCGGUUUCUCUUUUUCUCUAUACCCUUUUCUCAUUCACUCUUUCUCUCUGUCUUCAUUUCUCCUUCACUCUUUCUCUCUUUUUCCGUUUCUCUUCCCCCCUCUAUUUCACACUCGCACUCUUUCUGUAUUUCUCACUUUUUCUAUUUUACAUUUCACUCUCCUCCUCUAUAUAUAUUUCAUAUCCUCGAUAUUUCCCACUCUUUCUGUCUGUUUCGUCUUAUAUUAACAUCUGACUCGACCGAGUACUACAAGAAGACGCGCGAGUCGUUUGGCGUCUUUUCUUGGGCGACAAAAGCCUUUGCCGUCGGUCGUCCGUCGACAGCAGUCUUGGGUGCCGUUUUGCUCGUUUGCUGUCGUAAAGUGUUCGUUCGGAAGAGAAGGCGUUCGUUUUUGUGUCGCAAGAAGUUGGGUUUAUUUUGGGGUCCCCACCACGUCUUCUCGCACAUAUAA